GCCGGGGCGAGGUGAGCGGGGAGUGACGCAGCUACUCCCGGCAUGCGGGGCGCGACAGCAUCGCGCACAGGUGGAAUGCGGGGGGGGGGGGGCGGCCCUGCGCUACUGCCGCCGCCGCCGUGUCCAGCGCAGCGCUCGUUGUCGAUGGUUCCUCCUCGUUGGUGGCGCUGAACGGAGGGGACACCCAACACGCCGGCUCCGGGUUGAUGCCCGUGGCGAGCACGACGACGACGAAGAUGAUGAUGAUGAGGAUGAGGCGUGGGGGGGCUCUACUCGUCGCGAUCGUGGGGGUCCUGGUGGUGCGAGGAGGGGGGCAGCCUCGCGGGGACCUGGGACCCGUCCAGGGCGCUUCCCAGCGCUCGUGCUGGCUGAACGCCCCCCACGUGGUCACGUUUGACGGGCGUGCGAUGCGCUUCCACGGAACGUGCACCUACACCCUGGUGACCCCCUGCGUGGGGGGCGCCCCCGUUGCCGCGCCCCCCUGGGAGGUGAUCGUCUCCCUCGGGGACUCCAACAGCCCCGGGGUCUCCGUGCGCCUCCACAACCUCACCGUGUCGCUGGGCCGCGACGGGGCCGCGCAGGUGGACGGUGUUCGCGUGUCGCUACCGGCCCGCCCCUCCCCGCGGGUCUGGCUUCGGGCGAGCGGCUCCUUCGUGCUGAUGGGCCUGGCCGAGGCGGGGUUGUGGGUGCGCUGGGACGGGGGCCGCUCCGUGUGGCUGUCGCUCGACCCCACCGUGGCCGGGAGCGUGUGCGGCCUCUGCGGCGACUUCAACGGGGACCCCGCGGACGACGCGGCGGGGCCCGACGGGGUGCCGAGGAACUCGAGCGCCGACGUCGGCAACAGCUGGAAGCGAGCGGCGCGACCCGCCGGGUGCUCCGAUGACGAAGGCUGGGCGCCGCAGCCGAGCCCCGUGCUGCUGAGCGAGGCGGCGCGUCUGUGCGCGCCGCUGGCGGACACCGGCGGGGACCUCUCCCCCUGCCACUCGGCGGUGGACCCUGAGGCGCCGCACGCCGCCUGCGUGUGGGACGUGGCCGUGUCCGGCCUCACCCAGGCCGCGCUCUGCCGGGCCCUGGCCAACUACCACGACUCGUGCGCGCGAGCUGGGGGCACCCCCAGCACGGCGUGGAGGGGACCCGCGGGAUGCCCGGCCCCUCUGUGCCCCGAGCGAGCCUCGUACCGCUCCUGCCUGAGGUCGUGCUCCUCCACGUGCUGGCAGCCCGAGGAGGAGGCGGUGCCGGGCUGCUCUGAGCCGUGCGUGGAGGGCUGCGAGUGCCCACAGGGCUUCGCACUGCAGGACGGCGCCUGCCAGGCCCUCUACACGUGCGGCUGCGUGUGGCAGGGCUUCUACCACGCGGUGGACACGUGGUGGUGGGCCCCUGGCUGUGCACGCCGCGUGGACUGCGUGGCGCGGGGCUUGGCGAGGGAGUCGGCGGCGCAGUGCGGGGGCGGGGAGGUGUGCGAGGCGCGCGACGGCGCCUACGGCUGCUUUAAAGGCCGCGUGACGGUGGAGUGUGACGCGGACGUGAUGAGCGCGCGCAUCCCGCGUGCGCUGUCGCUGGCGACGCGCGCCUCCGAGCUGCGCCUCUCGCGUGCCGCGCCCGGGGAGCCGCGCUGCGCGCUCGCCGAGUCGGCCGGCUUCUUCUCCUUCACCAUCGCCGUGGGGGACUGCGGCACCCUCGUCAACGAGACGGACUCGGAGAUCACGCUGCAGCAGACCAUCGUCUACGGGAUCCUGUCCAAGAAGGCGGUGAUCAUCCGCAACCAAGUGGAGACCAUCACCGUGGUCUGCCGCUACCCAAAGCGCGCGCGCCUCUCGGUGGUGAUGACGCCGGACCUCGGCAACCUGACGGCGACCGAGGAGGGCUUUGGGUCCUUCUCCUUCGCGCUCGACCUCUACCGCGACGCCACCUUCUCCUCCGCCUUCGCGCCCGCCGACUUCCCGCUGCUGCCCGGCUACCGCCAGCGCCUCUACCUGGCCGCGUCGGCGCUCACCCCCCUCGAUGUGCAGCUGCUGCUGCUCAACCUGUUCGCGACGCCCAGCGCCGACCCCGGCAACGCCGUGCGCCGAAACAUCAUCGCCAGCGGGUGCGACGUGGACUCGACGCUGCAGACGCACGCCUCGAGCGGCCACACCAAGAAGCAAGUCAGCUUCGAAGCCUUCAGCUUCACCGGAUACAAGACGGUGUUCGUGCACGCCGACCUGAUGCUGUGCCGGCGUGGCGUGGUGGGCACGCGGUGCGAGCGCGGCUGCGUGCCGGUGCCGGGGGGACGCGUGCGCCGGGCGGCGGCGGCGGCCGAGACGGCGGUGCGCACGGUGACGCGGGGGCCGAUCGUCCCGCAGGCGAUGGAAGUGGCGGGCCCCACUACGACCACCGGGCACGCCCAGGACGGCUCUUCCUCCACCACACCGAGAUCCAAGUCCUCGUCCACAUCCUCCUCCGCCUCCACCACCUCCUCCUCCACCACCUCCACCACCUCCACCACCACCUCCUCCACCACCUCGGCAACAACCACCAAGAAGUCGUCGCCGCCGUUGUCCACCCCAUCUGGGACCCCCGCCACGUCGGGCACCUCCUCUAGUUCCACGUUGGUCCAGGGCACGCCGCCGCCGCCGCCGUCUUCACCGUCGCCGGCGGCGGCAGCGGCGGCCGUGGACACGGCGCGGGUGGUGGGCGCGGUGGUGGGCGCGGUGGCUGCGGGCACGGCGGUCUCCGUGGCGGUGGCGGUGGCCGCGUACCUCAUCCACACCGGCACGUGCCCCGCGUUCGGUCGCCCUCCGACCAUCAGCUACGUGCGCGCCUUCUAGCGCAGCGCCUCCACCCCGCCCUUCCCUCCUCUCCGCUCCUUCUCCCCUGCCCCCACGCCCCUGCGUCCUCUGCAGGUCGUCGCGCCGUGCCCUUGAAGGGCUGAACCUUGGCCGCGCGGAAUGGUCUCCCCGUCACCGGAAGGUCUGUUUAAAGCAGCCGCGCCCCGGGGAAAAACACGCAAACGUCAGGCCAACGUCAACCAACGUUGGCCCGACGUUCGCGUGUUCGCAGGGUGGUUCCUUCGCGGCCGUCGGGACCCAAUGGGGGUCUUCCACGUGUCCCCUGUGUAGACCGGCUCGUGUGGUGGCGAUGGAUCUCUAUGCUGUGUCUAUAACACGAGCACUUUUACCCCUGCACUGCAGUGGCCGAAGCGUGGUGGGCAUGCGCCCCGCUGCAAGGAAAUUCAAUUAGCCUCUCGCCCUUGUGUCAAUCCCCCUCCCCCGCCUUGGGGUACUAGGUCGUUGCUUCUCAUCGUUGUUAAGUUCUCCAAAAGCACGACCAACUUGCUCUCCCGUCAGCCGCUCGUCCUCUCGAUCUCGAUCCGCCUUCGAUGCCGGCCACGCGGAUCGCGAACUCGCUAGGGUCGUGACCUUACCGUACGCGACCUUUUCUUGUUCCGCGAUUGUGAGAUAUGACCUCACUGGGUAUACAGGAGGUCGUGGGUUCGAUCUCGACCCGGACACCUGGAUAUUUGCGUGUCUCUCUCCCCGUGGCCGCAUGUAUUUUUCUCAGGGUCCUCUGGUUUUUGGCUGCUAUAUAUUUCCACGGGAUGAUAAGCCAAUCCGUUGAGUUAUCAUUUGUGUGGCCUUGUUGCUUCUGAAAAAAAGAGCUACAUAGCUCAGUGGGCCUUACCUGGUAACAUUUAAGAAUAAUUUCGUUUUAUAUCAUCAUCAUUAGACCUCCUUUGCCAGUACCAAAAUAUAACUGUAAGGUUUUUCCCCUUUUUUCUGGCAACAAAACUGAAACCUUCUUACGAGGAAUCAUGUCUGCAUUAACCACAAUACUUAUGGUCAAAAUGUACACAAAAACACACUGAUAAUAUAUGCAUUGUCCUUGAAACUGAUUGAUUCUUAUAAUUUAGUUUUAGUUUGGCCUCUGCUUUGCCGCACGGCGUCACCGGCAACGUGCCCUCGUGGACACGGACGGAAUCUUUUCUCUCCCUGGCAAACCGAACGUCUCGUUUGUUGUUGUUGCAUUGCGAUUAUCGAUAACGCCAAAAGAAAAGUUUGUUUCACGGCCCACGAAUUCAACCGCGUGGGAGCGGUGCGGCAGCGGCAGCAGCGGUGGGAGCGGCGGCUGCGGUUGCAGCAGCAGCAGCCGCAGCGUCGCUCCUGCACACAAACUCGAUGACAUCCUCUCCCUGUUGUGCUUUAUUUAGGGGUUUUGUUUAUGGGUUGUUGUUCUCACUCACGACGUUCUGCGCUGGUGUGGGACGGGGAUGGAACGCAACACGGCCUAGGUGCUGGAGAAGAACCGUGUGCCUUUAGUUGUUGUCCUUCCACCCCCCCGCCGCACCUCCGAUUAGCAAGGUCGGCCACGUAUGGUGCGAUAGAAGUUCGACACACGUACCGUACAUAGAGCGGCGUCAACCCUUUGAACGUCGACGCACACCGCCGCGCGGGAAUCACGCGGUGGUCUGCGACGAGCGAUGGUUAUCUGGAAGAGUUCCAUUGGGGAGGUGGGGGAGGUGUUUGACCAUACUUUACCAGGGAGCUCAAGCGGUGAGGGCCGGUGAAGGCUUUUGGCAGGCCGGGCCUGGUUGUGAUAUCACCGCCGCUGCUGCUGCUGCUAAACUACAUACAUUAGAGUAUAGCCACGACCGGGCGGGGGAAUGGCUCCCAUGUCUUUUAUUUGAUUACGGUUUAGAAAAAUCGCGCGCCCAAUUUAUGUCACGUUGUCCUUCCGAUUCGUCAAAUAAAUGUCCUGCUUUCA